CUGUGGUAACACAUACGGGUUUGUCUUCUGUCUCCAUUUCUUUUUUUUCACUUUUGUCUUUGUCUUACGUUUCCAAAGAGAAAAGAAAAGAAAAAAGAAGAAGUUGACAUCUGCAAGUAUGCAGUCGGAAUCGGGGAUAGUUCCCGACUUCGAGGUGGAAGAAGAGUUUCAGGAGGAACCCAAAACGUAUUACGAGCUGAAGAGCCAGCCCUUGAAAAACAGUCCAUCAGACCAGCAUGGGUCCUCCAAGCCGCCACUGAGCUCCUCGGCCAUGACAUCACGCAUCCUGCUGCGACAGCAGCUGAUGCGGGAGCAGCUUCAGGAGCAGGAGCGCCGGGAACAGCAGAGACAGCAGGCCUCCCAGUACCCCCAGAUCACAGCUGCCCAGACCCCCGCCAUCAAUGUCAGCGCCCCACCCAGCUUGCCCCCGACUUCCCAGGUGCCAAUGGAAGUGCUAAAGGUCCAGACUCAUUUGGAGAACCCAACCAAAUACCACAUCCAGCAAUCCCAGCAGCAGCAGGUGAAACGGUACCUGGGAAAGCUUGGGUCUCAAGUGGUGAGCUUGCCCUGCCCCAACCAGCCUUCUGACCACGGGGGCAUGCCGCCGGGGCCGGGCAACAGUGCCCCUAACAGCCCUAUGGCCUUAUUGACCCUCAACUCUAACUGCGAGAAAGAGAUGGAUGAUGUUAUCGAUGACAUUAUUAGUUUGGAGUCAAGUUACAAUGAUGAUAUCCUUGGUCUAAUGGACCCGGGACUUCAGAUGGCCAACACGAUCCCUGUGCCUGCUAACCUCAUGGACAUGUAUGGUAACCAGGCUAUACCCCCACAAGGGCUGGCCACCAGUAACUCCUGCCCAGCUAACUUGCCCAACAUUAAAAGGGAAUUUUCCGUUUCCCAAUCCCCGGCCAUCAUGCACAUGCUGGAUAAGUCUGGAUCCUGUGGCAAAUUUGACAACUAUCAAAGGCCUGAAGGGUUUCCUGUAGAGGCUGAAGUAAGAGCCAUGGCAAAGGAAAGACAGAAAAAGGAUAAUCAUAACUUGAUCGAGAGAAGAAGACGGUUUAAUAUCAAUGAUCGAAUCAAGGAAUUGGGAACCUUAAUUCCAAAGUCGAAUGACCCGGACAUGCGGUGGAACAAAGGCACUAUUCUGAAGGCAUCGGUGGACUACAUAAGGAAGUUACAGCGGGAGCAGCAAAGGGCGAAAGAGCUGGAGAACCGUCAGAAAAAGUUGGAGCAUGCCAAUCGACAUUUGAUGCUCCGGAUACAGGAGUUGGAGAUGCAGGCCCGCGCUCAUGGGCUGGCUGUGGCGUCUUCGGCGCUCUGCUCAUCUGAGCUCACUGGCCGCUCCAUCAAACAGGAGCCAUCACUCGGGGAGUGUCAUCAGGAUCUGUACCCACUCCACCCGCAGCACCAGCACCACCCCGCCUGCACCCCGGACCCGGCCCGGCCCACCGCCCUCGAGCUCAGCGACAGCCGCUCAAACUUCCCUGAGGGCCAGGGGGGCCACUACACCAUUCACACCAAGGUAGCCUGCAAACUCAACGAUGUCCUCAUGGAAGACACCUUAUCACCGGUGAGAGGGGGGGACCCUUUGCUCUCGUCCAUCUCCCCAGACACAUCCAAGGACAGCAGCCGAAAGAGCAGCGUUAGCAUGGAUGAGAACGAGCAGGCCUGUUAGCACCCUCUACUGGUAAAACAUCCAACCUGCAUCUCUCCUGGUCCCUCCAUCCUCUUUUACGCGUCUUCAUCAGCGGCUGGCACACAGUCUCAGCUGCUAGAGGCAAAUCCUUUUUGUUGUUAUAUGUCGUUUUUUUUUGUCAUUGUUGUCCAUCCCCGCCUUGUUUACAUAUAUUUAAUCUUUUCCAUCAAUGUGCUUUUUUUGUGAUAUCUACAUCCUUUCAAACCCUCAACCUAAAUUUAAUGGACUGAUUUUAAAGAAUGUUGUUUGAUUUAAUCAAUGUUGUGAUGACAAUGAGUUCAAAAGUAGAUGUUUUUAUAUAUUUAAAGAAAAUGCAUUUACCAUGGGGUAGAACAUGAUCAUGUUUAUUUCUUUUGAUUCCAAAGAAUCUAGGGGGAGUUAGAGAUCAUAGACAGAAAUAGAUAUGUUGUGGUGUGAGAAACACUGCUUUUUAAAUCAAUAGCAAUAACAGAGGACAUAAUAGAUCUAUUUAUUACUGUAGUGCUUUACACUCCUUGUGUCUUAGAUUGAACUUGAAUGUGCCAAGGCCUUAUUAAGAUGUGCACGUGCAGCACUGCCGCCGUGUUUGCAGUGCACAGAUUCUGUCUGUUAGCUGAGUCUCUGUUAGCCUUCCAAAUGAAGUUUCUUCACUGUCAAACAUUGAUCACUUAUUGUAUUACCCUUAUUCACAUAUCCAUUCACAUCAGACAUUCCCCUCCCUUCAAAAAACCUCCACCAAAUUAAAGGUUAUUAAUUACCAAAGCAAAAAAAAACAAGACUAAAACCAGGCAUUAGAGGGGAUAUUUUUGUAUCUGAAAUCAGAUUUGGCUCAGUUAUUUACAAACUCA